CUUCGGCGGGAAGCUUGGGAGAUCUGGAGAAAAAAUGGAAAAGAAGCAGAUUGACGGCGAUGACGAUCGUCGUCCGUGGCAGUCUUACAACACUGUCUACACCAAUGCAAAAGCCGGUAUGGAAGGUGUUGACAAGGAGAAAGUACAAAGAAUUGUCUAUGAAAUGAGUAAAGGGUCGAAAUAUUUUGAAAAUGAGGAGCGGAAAGAGGCCAUCAUCAGAGAAAAGAUUGAGAAGAUGCGAGCUAGAUGUAUGCAGCUUACUGCAACGGAUCUUUCUCAGUAUCAAAAGGUUGCAGAUAAAAGAAUUUUGGAGCUGGAAAGUACACGUGACCUGUCAAGGAUAUGGUUGCAUGUAGAUAUGGAUGCUUUCUAUGCCGCUGUUGAAACUUUAAGCAAUCCUUUAUUAGAGGGCAAGCCAAUGGCUGUUGGUAGCAUGUCGAUGAUUUCUACUGCUAACUAUGAGGCUCGAAAAUAUGGUGUUCGUGCUGCUAUGCCUGGUUUUAUUGCACGUAGAUUAUGUCCGGAGUUAAUUUUUGUUCCCACAGAUUUCAAGAAGUAUAAUUAUUACAGUGAUUUAGCUAGAAAAGGUAAGAAUUUUGCUUCAAGGAACUCUAAAUGCAUUUUGUAUGUUAAGUGCUUAUCCUUUAGUAUUCACUUGUUUGUCUUGUUAGUAUUCCGUAGGUAUGACUCCAACUUCUUGGCUGCUAGUCUGGAUGAAGCAUACCUCGAUAUAACUGAAGUCUGCAAAGAUCGAGGCCUUACUAGUGAACAAAUUGCUAUGGAUCUCAGAACCAGUAUUUAUGAAGAAACUGGUCUUACGUGUAGUGCUGGGGUUGCUGCCAACCGACUACUUGCCAAGGUCUGCUCUGAUAUUAACAAACCAAAUGGACAGUUCAUUUUGCCAAAUGACCGAAGAGCUAUUGUAACAUUCGUAUCAUCACUACCCAUAAGAAAGAUUGGUGGCAUCGGAAAGGUCACUGAACAUAUCUUAAAGGAUGCUUUGGGGAUUAAUACAUGUGAGGAGAUGCUACAGAAGGGUGGUCACCUCUGUGCGUUGUUUUCUAUAUCCUCAGCAGAUUUUUUCUUGUCGGUUGGGCUUGGCCUUGGGAGCACCGAUACUCCACAGGUGAGAUUGCGUAAGAGCAUCAGUAACGAAAGAACGUUUGCAGCCACUGCUGAAGAAACAUUAAUUUUCCAGAAACUUGCUGACCUUGCAGAGAUGCUGUCUAUGGACAUGGAAAAAGAAGGUCUGAGCGGGCGAACACUGACGCUUAAACUAAAAACUGCAUCCUUUGAGGUUAGAACCAGAGCUGUAACUUUGCAACAAUACAUUUGUUCUAGCAGUGACAUCUUGCAACAUGCAUCAAAGCUGCUUAAGGCUGAACUGCCCAUUUCUUUGAGACUAAUCGGGUUGCGGAUAUCUCACUUCAAUGAAGAUGGAGCCAUUGCUGGGUCUGAUCCGGCUCAAACACCUAUUACUCGAUUUAUUACAUCAGGAGAUGCUACUAGAAAGAAUAUGGGUGAUUGUUGCACCUUAAAUCCUGAUCCUAACGUUCAUGACUUCAUGGAUGAAUCUGAAAUUGAUGUAUUUAUCAAUGGCACUGAAACACACCAUCAAGAUAGUAGUCAUCCAAGAAUUGGCAAUAAUCUCUCGAAUAUGGAUGACCGAAACUGUACAUCCAGCAAUGACGCUGAGAAGUCGGAGAAAUUUAAGAAUCUUUCGAGCAACGUCAGUACUGAUCAGGUGGACAAUUUGAAUGGCUUUGUCCCUCGAAUAUCGGGCACAGCAUGUGCUUCUUCCCCUAGAAACCUCGAAGGCAAUCAGAAUAGUAAUGUCGAAGCCAGAACUAACGUCGAGGCAAGAUCACCAGAUAAUAGUGGACAGAAUCUGUGGAUCGAUGACUACAAAUGUGCAAUCUGUGGUGCCGAAGUACCAGAGAGUUUCAUUGAUGAAAGACAAGAGCACAUGGAUUUUCACAUUGCGGAAAAACUCCAGGAAGAGGAAUCUGGCAUUCGUUCAAGAACCCUUACGCCAAUCCGAAGGACUCCUGACAAGAACCAACUGACAAGUCAAAGGAAGCAGAAAAGGCAAAAGUCAACUCCAAAGAAAGAGGUCAAACACAUUCCAAUUGACUUAUUCUUUGUGAAGAAUAAUCAGAAGUUUUAGUAUUGGUACGUUUUGUGUUUGUAUAUAUUUGUUCAUAUCUUUUGGGAUAUUACCCAUUGUUUUUUUAGGAUAGUUCAUCGUUUCAUUCUUCUCAUGCAGCGUCAUAAGUUUCUACGUUAAUGUACGGUAAGUAUAAUGAUAAAUCUCAUUCUUUUUAUGGAUUGUCACUUGGCGUUUUGGUUUCUUGGUAAA